CCUCCGCCUCCACAGACGCCAGCUGCUCGGAAGUCAGAUCCUCCUCUUUAAUGGGGCUCUCGUCAGGUGCCGGCGGGUGGCGCCGAGCGUAGAUCUCACGGCGCGCUUUACGAGAGCCUCGCGCAGCUUCAUCACCGUCGCCCACGCCAUACCCUUGUACCCCUUCGGCAGUUUCUGGCCCACCCUGGUACGCCGGAUGCUGAACCCAUUCCGCUUGCGGAAGGAACCGUUGGUACCAGGAGUUGAAUUUUACCUUGAAAGCCAGCGCCUCCUCCGGUUUCGCGUUCGCCGGCAUCCCGCCAAGGGCGUCAGGCUUCAGGUCGAGCAGCUUGGUCAUCACCUCCCGAUUACCACAACCGCGGUGCUGCUUGCGCUGCUCGUUGAUGUAGUCCACAAGGGUUUGUUCGGCGUCGACUGUCGAAGCUUUCCCUCCGCUGUGAACCUGCUUGGCCUCCGAAAGCUUGGGGUUGGCGCUGACCUUCUCCCUGAGCUGCUCCUCCUGCUUCAGCCACUCGAUGAUACGUUACUCGAUGAUACGUUUCCGAGGCACCUGGAGAACUUUCGCCGCGCCGUUGUUUCCCACCGGUUGACCGUCGCACGGGCAGAUCUCCCGUGUGUAGGCCGCCGCGUUCAGUUUGAACCAGAUGGGGUAGCUCCCUUUCCCUCCCACUGCUCCUGACCGCUCGAUCGGGAAGUUGGGCUCCGGGUACGCGCGUUUGCCAUUGCUGUUUUUGACGGGGUCGUUGGCGGCUAGCAUCUCAUCGAUAGCCUCGCCGGUUGCCUUCGGGUCCGCAGCGGCAGCUCCCUGAUCCGCAGAGGAAGGACCGCCAGCACUAGCCUGUGAGGCCUGUGAGGCCUGUGAGGCGUCGGCAGGUUCCGCGCUUGUACCCUCCGACAUCGUAGCCGCGCGUUGCGUGUGGUCGAGCCCGCAGCUCCGUCCCGGGCAUUUGCCCGAUUUUCCGCCGGUGUUUCUCCUCCACGGACCUGUUUGUGGUGUCAAUUCCCCGAGGCUCGUUUGUGUGUGCAGCUACUAGCUUGUCUGUUGGUUGUGUUGCGAUCGUGUUGCAGCAAUACCAUACACGCGAAGUGCUGCUAUCCCCUGUGGUUUUCAAUGUUAGGAUCGCACAUAUCGGGGUCUUGGCGCAGGGGUGU